UUUUUUGACCACCUGCUUUCUGUCUACUGUACUAGCUCGGUACUUUGCACCUAAGAUAUCUUGAUUAACAAAGCAAGCACCAAGCAGCUUGCAGCCGUGUAAAAAAACUAGUUCUAGAUAGACAGACACACAAUACCGUAAUAAACGUAGCUCGGCCUCGAGUUGGACCCGCCCCAGAUUCGCUGCAACGUGCGAUGAACCUAGCUUGUUAGGCCGGUUGCGCCGCGGCUACCGCCUGCCUGUACCUGUGCUUUGCUUUGCGCCUCUCAACACCUCAACCUUGCUUGAAUCGAAAGCUCCAUCCAAUCAGGAUUUCAUCCAGCUUCUUAUUCCCGCGAAAUCGCUUCAAAAAUUCCCGCCCUUUCCAGUCUCUAACUUUCUCUAACCACCACAAAUCCAACCCUUUUCGGCGCUCCUCCGGUUUUUUUUCCUCUGCAAACUUUAGACUAGACAAAACCAGCCAAGAUGGGUGCCAUGGAAGAUCAAUUGCAGCGCCUCGGCAGCGUCCUCGACUCUCUCGAUGCUCGCGUUAAGAAGCUCGAGCAACAUCCUACCCUGGGCGGCGGCUCCAGCACGGCGCAAGAGAUUCGCAUGAUCCUGAUAGGUCCUCCUGGUGCCGGCAAGGGCACCCAGGCUCCCAAGAUCAAGGAAAAGUUCAGCUGCUGUCAUCUGGCCACCGGUGACAUGCUCCGCUCUCAAGUCGCCAAGAAGACUCCCCUCGGCCGCGAGGCCAAGAAGAUCAUGGACCAAGGUGGUCUGGUUAGCGACGACAUCGUUAUUGGCAUGAUCAAGGAAGAGCUGGACACCAACGUCGAGUGCAAGGGAGGAUUCAUCCUCGAUGGCUUCCCCAGGACCGUGCCACAAGCCCAGUCCCUCGACGCCAUGUUGCAGGCGCGCAACCAGAAGCUCCAGCAUGCUGUCGAGCUGCAGAUCGACGACGCCCUGCUUGUCGCCCGCAUUACUGGCCGCCUUGUGCACCCGGCCUCGGGCCGCUCUUACCAUACCACCUUCAACCCUCCCAAGAAGGCCAUGACUGACGACGUGACUGGCGAGCCGCUGAUCCAGCGCUCCGACGACAACGCCGAUGCGCUCAAGAAGCGCCUCGCAACCUACCACUCCCAGACUGCCCCCGUCGUCGACUACUACCGCAAGACUGGCAUCUGGAAGCCCAUCGAUGCCUCCCAGGAGCCCGGUACCGUCUGGAAAAGCCUGCUCAACAUCUUUGACGGCGACGCCAAGAAGGCCAGCUCCGCAGGCGGUGGCAUCCUUGACAAACUUGCCGCCUCGGGCCGUUAAGGGGACUGUUCCGGGCGGGAUAGUAGUGAAUAGUGAGCAGUGGAACGCAGCAACAGCAGCAUAAUGUGUAAUGUCUCUGGGUGCUACUUGGAGCUGUGGCAAACUGUUAAGCAAACUUGGUGAUUGCGACGUUAACUUUGGGGUUGUUCUGGAUAACAGAAGUGUAAUUGAGGCUGUCGAGAGGAAGGGAUGAUGUUUCAGGAGCGGCGCAACAGAGCGCAGCCACUUGUCCACUGGUAACACAGGGACUUUUAAACUGUAACAAAUCGUCUCUGCUUGGGUGGUCUUUGUUUUUCUUUUAGUUCCCCAACCUUAUUGUCACACACCAUUCUUACUAUCCCGUUGGGUUGUAUCCAUAUUUGUUUUCGUUUUUAUCAUUGUCUUUUUUCUUUUUCAUAGUUGGGCAUCGGGCACGACGUCAACGAGGUGUACAUGCGCUUUUUGUCUGUUUGGCUUUUUUUCUUACCUUUUAUUUCUGCUACAGUGAAUAUUGGGAAAUGGGGGUGGCGCGAACUUGAACGACCAAAAGCAAAACACAAUGCAUAGAAAGGAAGGGGGAAAGCAAAGGCGGCGGCAGUCAACUGGUGGUAAUGUGAUUCAAAUGUUUCUUGAUAUUUUAUAUUUCGUCUUCUCUACCUCUUCAUCUCCCAGGGCGUCUGUCGCCUCGCGCGUUGCGGAGAGAUCUUGAAAAAGACAAGUCAUAAUUCGUACAUUGCCAAAGCUUUCUG